AUGUGUGGUACACAUCCCAACCCUCGCGCGAGUGACCUCCUCGACAUUCGCCCCGUCAUGAGCUGGCUGUGGGGCAACGAGACCACGGAGCAGGCGCAGUUCGUCGUGAGCGCCCUCCAAGGCGAACUGGACGAGCGGGAGAGCAAGAUCAAGGCGCUGGAGGCGGCACUAAAGCGGGAGCAGCAGGACUUGACGGCGGUCUUGGAGGAUGAAGUGAAGGAGCUCGAGAUGCGGCGUCAAGUCCUUCAGAAGGAGCUGGACGACGUAAAUGCACUGAUUGUCGAUAAAAAAGAGCUUCUUUUACAAAGCAAAACCGAUGGAAACAAGCAGAAAAAAAACAAAGAAAAAGAAGAAAAGUGGUACGGCAAAAAUGGAACGAGGGGCUUGUAA